UCUGUCCGCUGUUUGUUCAUAAGACCCAGAGCAUCUCGAUCAUCGCUAUCAGAGGAACAUCUGGUCAUCAUGAAGGCUGCCAACAUCCUCCUGCUCUGCAUGCUGGGAGCCGCUCUGCUGUCCACGGUCCUCUGCAACAAUGGAAGUGGUCCCGACAACUGCUGCUUUGAUUUCUUCAGAUUCCCGGUUAACAAAAAUCUCAUCGCUUCAUAUGCCAUGACUGAUCCUCGCUGCACCAAGACAGCUGUUGUCUUAACAGGAAAAAAAGGACGUAACAUCUGUGCUGAUCCAAGUCAGCCCUGGGUGAAGAAUGUUAUGAACUCUCUGGACAGAAAGUCUUUUUAAAGUUACUACCAUCUGUCCAGAUUAAAAGUCCAAUAAAACGCAUUUGGCAAAGUGAUCAUGUUUUUAGUAUCAGAAUUAUUCUGUUUCAAAUAAUCAAAGAUUUUGCUUUUAAAUGUAAUCACUGUUGAUGUUUGUAUCAUUUCUUUUUGUACAUGAACUAUCCUACAUCAGUGACUGGAACCAAUCAGAUUUUUGUUGAAUUCAUUUUUCCUUCUCUUGUUCUGUUUUCAUAAUUUUCUCUAAUCAAACACAAAAUCAUCAAAAAUGUUUCCUUUGGUUGCUUUUGUUCAA